AUGAGGCCACCACCCCCCACCAACACCACCACCACCACCGCUGGUGCCGGAUUCCACCAGUGGAAUUCACCGAUCCCAUACCUCUUUGGUGGCUUAGCUCUAAUGUUCGGGCUCAUAGCCUUAGCAUUAGUGCUUCUAGUUUGCUCCUACCAAAAACCUCCUUCUGAUCAUCAGUCAUCCAACACUGAAGUUGAAGAAAAAUCAGCGAAGCCCGAGCUGGUUAUGCAGCCGGAAAUGGAGCCGAAGAUCGUCGUUAUCAUGGCCGGAGACGACAACCCAACAUACCUGGCAAAGCCCUUAACAAUAACUACUCGUCAGAGUGAACAAGAGGAGACCUUUAAAGAACAAGGUCGUCGGGGAGUUGAAAAAAAUACAAACGAUGAUGUAAGAGGAGACCACAAAGGUCACAGACCUUUUAAAAGGCUAGGUGAGAAUGAUUUGCAAGCAACUCUUUGA